AUGGACCGGCGCGCCUCGGGCAAGCUGAGGAGCUCCCGGCGCGGGGGCGCGCCCGGCGCCGCCUCCGCCACCGCCGCCCCCGCCGUCGACGGACGGGGCAGCGAGGCGGAGGCGGACGCCGUGGCCGCCAAGGCCGAGGCGCGCUACCUGCGCGAGCGGCGCAUCCUGCUGCUGUGCACCGUGCUCGUCGCCGCCUCCGUCUUCCUGUGGAUCGUCGCCAUCUCCACCGACCACUGGUUCAACGUGGCCGCGCCGGAGGGCGGCAUCUACAUCAACGAGACCAAGCGCUACUUCCUGCGCAGCAACUCCGGCCUGUGGCGCAUCUGCCGCACCACCUUCACCAACUCCACGGCCGGCCGGCCGCCGCCGGAAGCGGGCCAGCAGAUCGUCAAUAUCGUCCGGAAGUGUAAAAACCAUGAGAUGUGGCCCAACGACACGCUGGUAAAGAAGGAUCCAUCCAUCGAUAGGGGUAUCCUGAAUUACACGCGGUCGGAGGUGUGUUUCUCAAUUAUCAGCCUUUUGCUUAUCUUCAUGGGCACCUUCUUCUCGGUGUACACAUUCCGGAAUCCUCGCUACAUGUUCAAGAGGCUGGCUGGCGGCAUACACUUCCUCGCUUGUGGCUCAACUCUGGCAGUGAUUGAGGUCUUGAUCAGCUCAGUGGCAUACGAGAAGAAACACCUACCAUACACAUUCCCACCAGGUGCCACACACCACUAUGGUUUCUCCAUAUACCUUGCAUGGAUGGUGUUUGUUUUCUUGUUAUUUUCUGGUGCCUCUUUCAUGAUGUACUCUCGUAAACACAAAGGUGCUCGUGCUCCAAAUGAAGAAAUUGCAAUGGCUGAUGAACCCACUAUCAUUGGGCGGUAGUAUUGGCUUUUGCUGGAUGGAUUGAGCAGUGAAACUGUUUCAUUCCUUUACUGGCAAUCUGACAGAAUCUUAACACAGGAUUCAUUGUGGCAAUUCUUCUUUUUAUGUAGGAAUGAACAGGGUUAACAUUGUCUUGUUAAGCCCUGGGUUACUUGCAAUAUUUGGAACAUUAUUUUCUUGCAGUGCUCUCUCUCAGCUGUACUGUUCUUACAGUUUUAAGUUAUUGAACAUGAAGAGUACAAACAUACAAGAAACUAAUGACAGGCUUGUUCCUCAGGUUGCUUUGAAAACAUCUGUCAAUACAAUGUUACGUCUAUUUGUCAGACUGUACACUUUUGGGCAAUAUUGUAAAUUGCUCAUUUAUAUCAAUGUUGAGAUGGUGAUUGUCCACAGCUAGUUUAUGUCCAUACUCAAAGUUUGGUUGUUUUCCACUCUGGAAAGAUGAAAUGAAUAUCUGUUUAAGUUAAUAUUAAUAAAUGGUUGCAGAAUUGGUAUUAGAUAUCAUUUAUUGCACAUUACAGUCCAAACAUAUGUAGGGUCAUUGUCAAGUGAGGCUGGACAAAAACUCUGCAGCACUAUUAAAAGUUCAUUUGUGUUAAUAAUUGUACAUGAAAUAAGGACAUUAACAUCUCCCUCCAUGGAAAUUGUUUCAUUUCAAAUAUCCUUGGUGUCUGAGCAAGAUUUUGUAAAUGUUGACAAUCACAUUAACUGGUGUGGAACCACAUCAGUCUUUUUUUUUUAUCUUUGAGAGCUUGUGAAUCUUACAGAAUAUUAGAUCCACAAAACUGGCAAAAUAAUAAAUCCCAACAACCUUUUUUCUAGUGAUGGGUGUAAAUCUGCGUAAUUCAAGCACUAUAAAAAGACAUUUUUAUGUAUGUAACUGUUCUUGUUAGCUCAGAGCACAAGCAAUUUGCAUACUGAAAUCUGGUCUAAAUACAAAGAAAAGUCCCAAAAUUGUGACUGUUCCUACACUGAUGUUCCUGAUGUAAUACCUACUGAAGGUAGCAGUUCCCUGCUGAAUUUGUGUAGAUGUUCAGUGAUGCAUUGCAAUGAAACUGGUGUAUCAUCAGUUUUACAUUACUGUUUCUAUAAACAUUCUGGUGGUCCUUUCACCUGUGAGAGUUUAGCUGUUGUUAUGUAUUUGUGAGUGUUACCUGAAACAUAAUGGCUAGUUUCACAGACAUACACAUAUAUUUUAUUGUGGACCAAAUAGUUCUUUAUUCUAAAUUACUUUUCAAGAUGCUCAAUAUCAAAGUCAUAAUUGUGCCUGAGAGGUUAUAUACAACUAUAAUUGAAGGAUUGUUAAUGAUUUCUUAUGUGUUAUACUUUGCCAUGAAAGAAUGAUAUUAUUGUUAUGAAAUUUCCCAUUUAAGUUGCUGUGUUUCCUAUGGGCAAUAUCUUCUGAUGAUGGCCUGAUCUCUUUUAAUGUAGUACACACUACAUCAUAAAGCAUGAACUUUCUGUGAAAUACAUCAGAGUAUUGUUUUAAUUUUCAGUCAGUUGUUGUUUACCAGGCUGUAUUUUUAAGCAUUACAUACUCUUUCUUAUUAUUUCUUUUAAGAAAUGUAUUUCAGAAAUGUAAAAGGUUAUUGUUUUGUUAUAUCCAAAAAACAAUAAAGGAUCAUUGUGUGACACUGUGAAA